AUGACGCACAAAACCCCAAUCCUCCUCCUAAAAACCAAAUCCACACCCUCCGACGCCUACGAUGAAUACUUCACCGACAAAAACUACAACCCGCUCUUCAUCCCCGUCCUCUCGCACCAAUUCCACGCCGCGAACCUCGCACACAUCCGCGACCUCUUCAACACCGGCGCCUUGAAACAUGAUGAUACCGAAAGGAAAUAUGGGGGGUUGAUAUUUACCAGUCAGCGUGCUGUGGAAGGGUUUACGAGGAUGAUUGAAGAGGAUGCUGAUGAACAAAUAGCAUCCGAUUCCUCGAAAUCCCUCCCCCUGUACACCGUCGGCCCCGCGACAUCCCGCUCGCUCUCGUCGCUCGUUACUUCGCACCUCCCGCACGCAACGAUCCACGGCACAGAUACAGGGAACGGGGAGAAUUUGGCACUGUUUAUCCUCGAGCACUACAAUAAUCUCGCUGGGAAUAAGAACGGGAGAGGAGAGAAAUUACCGCUUUUGUUCCUCGUUGGUGAACAGAGGAGGGAUAUUAUUCCAAAGACGCUUAUGUCGGGGAAAUUACCGGAGGGGGAGAGAAUUGGGGUGGAGGAGGUUGUUGUUUAUGAGACGUGUGUUAUGGAGUCGUUCGAGGAUGACUUUACUAAAGUCAUAGACUCUUAUAAAUCUGAGGAUAAUGAUGGUGGUGGUGAGAAGGUGAUGUGGGUGGUCAUCUUUUCGCCGGCGGGGUGUGAUGCCAUGUUACGGGUUCUUGGGCUGGAUUCUUCUUCAAAUGACAAUGGGGACGGCGUAUUAGUGGCACCCGGGAAGAGAGUGUUUGUUGCGACCAUUGGACCUACGACGAGGGACCACUUGCGCUUGAAGUAUGGGUUCAAGCCACAUGUUUGUGCUGAGAAGCCUAGUCAGGAGGGGGUGGGGGGUGAAAUUGAGAGGUUUAUGGAAAGGAGGAAUGGUAAAUAA